UCAUCAUUAUGAUCGGUAGUGCGACUGACUACUUUACAAACUUUUCAUUUAUAUUCUGUUCGCAUUGGCAUUUCACACUUUCUCGACCGCUACUCCAAUAGAUUGGACAACAAAAUGGAGACUGCGAAUAGGACCUCUCCGGUUCAACGGUGUCCCACUCCGGAAAAUAUCAGUGACGAUGGAGAUUCUGACAGUCAACACGACGAAUCACCCGACGAAGACAGUAAUUUGUCUCCGGAAACCAACAGUACCAGUUCCACUGGAUCUAUAAACAAAGCUAAGAAAUCAAAACAAACUUUAAAGAUGAAGCAGCCUACUGAGGCACAGGCUCCUACAAUGCCUAUAUCUUUUUCUAUGGCUGACAUUUUAGAUCCAAAGAAAUUUACAGGGUGUCCCGUGACGGGAAAGGGACAGGUUUGGAGUCCGUGGAAGGACCAUUCCGUUCGGGAUUCCGAAGGAAACGAUUCCGCAGUGGAGGAGGAACAGUCCGAUCACACAGGGUCUCAUACAAGUCACAGAGUCGGGCCUAAAGAUGAAAGAAUAGACGUCGAUACAGAUGAUAAUUCUCUAUUAGACGAUACAGACGAUAUGGACAAUGAUAUUGGUGAAAGCGACAGCGAGAAAGACGAUAAGAGGUGUAAGAAUGGAUUUGAUUCAUCAAAAUCAGCCGGCAAACCCAGACGUGCACGCACAGCAUUUACAUACGAACAACUUGUAGCUUUAGAAAACAAAUUUAAAACGACGAGAUAUUUAUCAGUUUGUGAAAGACUAAAUCUGGCACUAUCUCUAAACCUCACUGAAACACAGGUGAAAAUAUGGUUUCAAAACAGAAGAACAAAAUGGAAGAAACAGAACCCAGGAAUGGAUGUAAAUAGUCCAACUAUUCCGCCAACUGCCUCGAGUUUAUCCUCAUUCAACUCCCCUUAUUCUUCGAGCAUGCUCUAUGGACAUCCUUAUCUGCCUAGUCACAAUAUAAUGGGCGCACUUGGACUUCUGAGAGCACAUCCUGCAUACUCUGGACAGAACCAUCCUGUGUACUACCCCUACUUUAGCCAGAGUACGUAGUUCAUCACAUCAACGCAAUAUUUCAUCAAGCUCAUCACGUGACUUCAGUUAAAUUCAUAUUUUUCUUGUAGUUCUUUGGCAAGAAAUUCACACGAUUUUAGAAUUUGUGUUUACAAACUGUAACUUAUUUUUUCCUUCAAAGUUAUCCAGUGAUGUUUUUUGGCGGGCUCAUUGUAUCCGCACGUUCAAUUCUAUUCUUAUCGAUAUUGUAGUAUGUGGAAGAUGGCAUAAUAUUACACAAGAGAUAUUUAGUGCUUACUGACUAUAAAUAAAUAUAAUAUAUAAUAAAGGUUUAUUUCAUACACCAUACAGCACAACAACGCUGUUAUGAAGAAAUAUAUUUCAUAAAUAUAUGACGUUGACAUGUUAUUAUCUUGUUAGUUGAAAACAAUGUUAUUUUGUCAAUCAUCACUCUAUUCUUUUUGAAUAGAACUUUUUGAUUUCUAUAACAAACACUAUUACUCAUGUCCAUAUGAUGUUAAAUGCAUUUAGCUCGUUUAUUAUAUCUAAUAUAACAAAGAACUCGGACUCUCUUGUUACAUACUCUAUAUUGACAUACAACAAAACCUGAUUCUGUAUACGAUAAAAAAAACACCUAAUGGUCUGCCAUGAAUCAUCAGCAUUGUUAUCAUAUUAAUACAUUUCAUUUUAAAUCUCAAAUGUUUUUCCUCUCAGCGCCCGGAAUUAUUUUAUUGUCGCGGCGGUUUAAAGUAACAAUUUUAUGUUCACGUCAAUUAAAAGAUGUCUAGGUAUACGAUUAACCUGGAUUUAUUUGAAUAAGAAUCAUCCAGCGAUAUAUUCUGUCUACAUCGUAACACCGUUAAACACCGCUAUGUUGUUUAACAUAGAUAUCAAAUCUUAAUUACUUGUUAAAUUAUCAGUUGAUUCUAAUUUUGUCACCGGGUACUUCAAUAUAACUGUUUAUAUCGAAAAUCGAUUGAUAUUUACCAACAUCUACAUGUAAAUAUUUGAAAUUAUUUUCCAAUGGAAUGCUUUAUAUAUGAUUCAUUUUCCGAAAUUGAGUUGUGACAUUUCAGACAGCAUUAGAAUAAUUACAAAACCUCCAUAUUAUAGAAAACGUGUGAAAAUGGCUAGAAAACUUUCUAUAUUAUUGUUGUUUGGGGUGUUGGGGAGGGGGGAAGUGAACGAAUGAAUAUUUUUAUUGUUGUUAUUUAUGAUUAUGUCUAUGACACUGUUGUUGAUAUUACAUGUCAAAAAAUAUAUAUAUAUAUAAAAUAUCACUUUGAUAAAUCAG